AAGGAAGGUGACUUACUGAAGCCAGAUUCCCGUUGAUGCUCAUGGUCGUUUUGCCGGGGAUACGGAGCGGAUGGAGAGUGCUGUCGUCGUGAUUACGGAAGAACGUGAGAGUUCCUGAAGAUGAGUUCUCAGCAAUAUCCACGUCCAGGACUCCCAUCUGGACUGGGACAAGGACAAACACCAGGCAGUAACACUACAGGACUUCCAGGAAGUCAAAACAGCACAGGAGGAUAUGAAGACUCUAAUCAUGCUCCGCAUGACAUGGUGUCCAGCGGAGGUGCAGCGUUCAGAGAUGACAAGCAGGAGAUGGUAGUGGUACGACCCUACCCCCAACUACAUGCUAAUCCCCUGCCCCAUGGAACAGUACCAACUCUGCCCCCUCCUCUCCCUCAGCAUCGCCUUGUCCAGUCAGGCACGCCUGUCUCUGUGUCGGCAACACCAUCCCACCUCCAUCAGGGUCUUUCCCUAGCCUUCACUGAGGGUCCUCUGAAGUCUGCUUUAAAGACACCCAUGCCAAGCCGAAUGAUAGCUCCAGCACCUGUGUCAACACCAGGCCACCUCACUCUACCCCCUAAGGUGCCUGGUCAUAUCACUGCUACCAUGGAGACUCCACAGGCCUCCAGUAUUCCUGUAGCAACCAUCAGUGGUCAGCAGGGUCACACUAGUAACCUGCAUCAUCUGAUGACCAAUGUUCAGAUCAUCCGCAGUGGAGCUCCUGCACUGCAGAUCGGAUCCUCUGCCGCUCCUCAGCAUCCCUUCACCUCUCAUUUACCCAGAGGAGCUGCUGCUGCUGCUGUAAUGUCAAGCACCAAAGGAACCACAGUGCUGAGACCAGCAGCUGGUCCGAGCUCUGCCACAGGCCAGCCUACUGUCCAGCAUAUUAUUCACCAACCAAUUCAGUCCCGGCCCAUAAUCACUACCUCUACGGCAGUGCUGCCUACAGUAGUGCCAGUGACUGCCACCAGACCUCAGUCUCCAGUUAUCACCACAGUGGUUGCCCACUCUGGAGACAUGGCACAUAGUUGCUCGGCACUGACAAUCCACCCUUCCCAAGCGACACUGAGUAUUCAAAGACCUCCGCACUCACGGGACACACCCACACGGAUCAACCUGCCCCCACACCCUGCCAUUUCUGCUCAAAAAGCCCUGCCUCACUCUGUUGCACAGAAGCCCAUUUUUAGCACUGUGACACCUGUUGCUGCAGCAACUGUGGCUCCCAUUCAGGCUACCAACACGGCACCAUCACCCACUACAACAGGCUCAACGGCCCACACCCAAAUAUCCAGUAGCAACAUUGUCAGUAUGGCGGUAGCCUCCCACUCCUCUCAUGCUACAGCAUUGACCACAUCCACCAUCCCUGUGGCUAAGGUGGUCCCGCAGCCCAUCACACACACAUCACCACGUAUCCAGUCUGAAUACCCUGGAGAGAGGGGCAACCUCAUCCCUAUUUCUAGUCAUCGCUCCUCUCCCAACCCCAUCACCAUGGAGAACCGCACUGACAACAGACAAUCUGUUCCAGUGCAGUUCCAGUAUUUCCUGCCCACCUACCCAUCAGCCCCAUACCCACUGACCCACACAUACACCCCCAUCACCAGCUCUAUGUCGUCCAUACGCCCAUAUCCAGCCCCCAGUGCAGCCAUGCCAGCCCAGACUGGUGUUGGAGUUGCAUCUGCAGUUCAUCUGAAUUCUAUGCAGCUGAUGACAGUGGACCGCAUUGCCCAGAUCAACACCCAAAACAUCCAGCCAGCUGCCAUGGCAGCACAGGGCAUCCAGCCCACACCCAUCCCGGCCCAGGGCCUGCAUACGUCUGCCCAGAUCACCACCUCGAGCAUUCAGCCUACACCAGUCAACCAAAACCAGCCCCCGACAGAGUCCAAGGCCUCAGUUGUGCUGGCUGAUGGUUCCACACUAGUAGCUAACUCUAUUAGCAAUGCAUUUAACAACAGUCAGCCUGCCACCACUAUGGCACAGACACACAAUCAGAGUGCCAUUUCUGGAGCCCCCUCACUUGUGACUUCCCCUCGACCUAGCAUUCUGCGCAAAAAACCUGCCAAUGAAGGUAUGGCUGUUAGGAAGAGCCUGAUUCCAGGUCAGCUCAGGGACUCCACAACCCCCAGAAUCGAUGGAGCCAUCAGAAGUGCAUCAGCAUCACCUCGCCCUGCAAGCUCAAAUUUCCAAACACAAAAUCUUGAAAAAUGUAUUGGCAGAGUGAAGCCCAAACCUGACAUCCACAUGAGCCUCGCUCCUUCUGUAACUGCUGCAGUCGAGUCUAUUCCUAGCCAGGGCAAUGAACAGCAACCACAAGACGUGGGGCCACCUCCCUCUCAGCUUGCCUCACAACCUGUCCCCUCCCUUCUGGCUUUAGCCACACCUCCCUCUCAACCCACAGCUGCUCUCUCAGCCAUACCUGCUGCAAUGGCUGUCACCCCGCCAAUUUCCUCUAUGGCCAAUGUAGUGGCCCCACCCACCCAGCCAGCAGCCAGUACCACAUCAGCAUGUGCCAUCAGCUCCACCCUCCCCGAGAUGAAUAUUAAACAAGAGGCAGAGCCUAUGGAUACUACAAAUCCAGUGGCAUAUGGGCCCAACAGUGGUGCGCAGAUGUUGGCAGUACCUGCUACAGACAUCAACCAAGGAGCCUCACCCAGGAAGAAGCCCCGGAAGCAGCAACAUGUCAUCUCCACUGAAGAGAGUGAGAUGAUGGAGACCAACAGCACAGACGAGGAGAAGUUUCCACCCAAACCCCUCAGCCUGCGUGCAGAAAAACGCAAGUCACCUCCUAAAGAAUACAUUGAUGAGGAGGGAGUUCGGUAUGUUCCCACCCGAGUUCGGCCUCCAAUCACUCUGCUACGACACUACCGCAACCCCUGGAAGGCGGCGUACCACCACUUUCAGAGAUACAGCGAAAUCCGUGUCAAAGAGGACAAGAAGGGCACCCUGCAGGAUGUGGCCAAUCAGAAGGGAGUGGUGUGCAGAGCCCAGGGCUGGAAAAUUCACCUCUGCGCUGCUCAGCUUAAGCAGCUAACAAAUCUGGAACGUGAUGUAUACAGUCGUCUGACGAGUCUCCAAGAAGGCCUCAUUCCGAAGAAGAAGGCUGGAGCUGAUGAUGAUCUUCAUCGCAUAAAUGAGCUCAUACAGGGCAACAUGCAGCGCUGCAAGCUGGUAAUGGACCAGGUCACAGAAGCAUGUGAUGCCAUGUUGAAGGUUCUGGAUCACAAGGAGCGUGUCAUGAAGCUGCUCAACAAGAACAGCAGCACCAAGAAGCUUAAUAAGCUGAAGCGUAAAGACAAAGCAUGAGACGGACAGACUGAGCCACACUGACCUGGUGUGGGGCAGAGCUCAGUCUGCAAGCAUGACCACACAGUGGCACAGACCCAAGCCUCUUGCUCCAUGACCCUUUGCAUAUAGGCACACUGCCCUGCCGCACUGCUCGAUAUCUACCAGGAAAGAUAAGGUUUGAGCCUUCAUCUAAUAGCAAGUGCUGAAUGUCAUGUAAACAGAAAAGAUCUUCGUCUGGCUAGCCCUUCCUAUGCCAGCACACAUAAAAGCUAUGGAACUACAAUGUUGUUAUCUGAAUACUGGAACAAAAAUGUUUACCUGUACCUUCACUGAAAAAUUAAUGUUUGAAUGUAUGACUUGCAAUCCAGAUGUCUUAAAAGGAUAAUUCACGUGAAAAAAAUUCUGUCAUCAUUUACUCACCCUCAUGUUGUUCCAAACCAUGAAAUAGCAACAUAAAUAUUUAGCAGAAUCUCUGAUCUACUCUUUUCUAUACAGUGUUAAUGGAUGAAAACCACGGACAGCCGUGGUUACUUGUGUUUUAUGGAAAAGAGCAGAAUGAGGGUGGGUAAAUAAUGACUUGAGUUUUCAUUUUCGGGUGAACUUUCCCUUUUACUCAGUAACAAAGAGUUUAUUUUAGGUAAGGUUCCAUUUUAAAGUGAAUAUACAUAUUUCUCUGAAGAAAAAAGUAUCUGUUUGUGAACCACAGAUAUCAGUUAAAGCAAUGCGCAUCUUCAAGUCUAAUAGAUUAUAUUCACCACUUUUAAUUUGGGUGCCUUGGAUGAUAACUUGGUAUUGACCAUUUUCUGUACCGUAUUAAGCACUCAAUGGCAGUAUUCCGUAAAGGCCGUUCAUCUUGCCGGAAGGUUUCCAUUUUGUAUUGUAAGUGCUCAAAACAAUAAUAAUUGAGAAGCCAUAAUGAUACCAUCCUUGCUGACCUAAGUGAAUAAAAACUAAGAUGUAUUUUACCAUGCAUGUAUUGUGGGAAAAGUUAAGGGUGCUUUGGUAAAAUGGAGUAUUGUGCCUUCUGUGUACCUCAUAUAUACAUGGGUUUGGAUUGGAAUGAUGUAGGUGGAGAAACAGUUCCUCUACUAAUAAAGAGGAGAGAGCGGUUUAAUGUAGUCUGAAUAGUUUUAAGUUCUUCAGUUCGUACUCAUUUUACUGUGUGUAGAUUUGUGAGGAAUGUUUCAUGUAUCAUCAGUCUUGCAGGUCUACAAGUGCUGCUCCUGCUCUGGUUUUCUGGUUUGGUUCUUUGGUCAGGGGGAUUUCACUCAUGCAUUAACGGUGGUGAGAAUCAUGUUCAGAUCUGACAUGUCAAUCACAAAUUGAGAAUUUAGAGAAAUUUGAUUGUGCAUAUACACAGUUAUGUAUCUUAAGUUCAGCUUUAGUAUAUAAAAGCCCUCUUUGUUUUUUUUAUUCUAAAUGAAAAAUAUUAUUUUUAUUUUUCCAGUUAUGUUGCUUGAAGCAUUGUAAUUUGUGGCAAAGAUAAAGCAUUAUGUUCUGUUUGAUCACUCAUUGAUUUCAUCUGAAUGACAUUGUUGCAUUCUGUUGCUGAAGUAAAGACACUUUGUACAUGUACUGUAUCAGUGUAUUUAAAAAUAUAUAUAUACAUUUAAUUUCCUCCAAGGUCUAUUUUAAAGGUGAAGCUUGCCAUUUCUGCACCAUUAGCAUCACCAAAUGUAAUUGCGAAACGACUGUUUUCCUGAACAUUCCUCUUGAACAUUCCCUCGUCUUCCAGUGGUCAGAAAAAACAGGAAGCCCCGCCCCAAUCUCAUAGAACUGGUUUAGCCAGUGUCGCUCUGUGAGCUUGUCAAAAUUCUUAAACUAAGAAAAAGUCACAGUGUUUAUUUAUUUAGUUAUUUUUGGGGGAAAUCAACCUGUUUACGGUGUAUUUUUAGUUGUCUCUGCAUAUUAACCCUUUAAGCUCAUAGGGUGUUUUUAAAAUGUCCUGUUUCAGCAACAUACCCAAAAAUAAAGGCUUGUAGCUGAAAUGCUAUACCUAUAUAAUACAUUCUGAGACUCU